AUGGACAAUACAUCAUCAUGUCCGGAACCCAUUGCAGUGAUAGGCCUGGGAUGCCGCUUUGCUGGCCAGGCGGCUUCGUUAGACGGCUUCUGGGAGAUGUUGCGAGAUGGGCGAAAGGAACAUGGCCCUGUGCCCGCUAGCCGAUACCAAGCCGCGGCGUGGAAGCAUCCGAGCCAUGAACGAAAAGGUGCCAUCAACCAUGACAGCGGGUUCUUUUUGGAGGAAGAUCCGGCUCGCUUUGACGCUCCUUUCUUCUCCAUCACAGCAAAGGAAGCCGCCGGCAUGGACCCGGCACAACGCUUACUACUUGAGGUCGCAUAUGAAGCUUUCGAAAACGCCGGCGUCCCCAUGGAAUCACUCCCCGGGAGUUCCACCGGUGUUUACAGUGGCUGUAUGACAAACGAUUAUGAGUUACUAUCCACCCGGGAUAUUAUGGAUAUGCCGCACAAUUCAGCCACAGGAAACGGGAGGACAAUGUUAGCGAACCGCAUAUCGUGGUUCUUUGACCUGCGGGGGCCCAGUAUAAUGAUGGAUACAGCGUGCUCCUCCAGUCUGACAGCACUGCACCUUGCCACUCAAGCGUUGCGUGCUGGCGAAUGCCGCAUGGCGCUGGUUUGUGGUGCUAGCAUAAUAUUACACCCCAACUUUACACAACGACUAUCCUACAUGCACAUGCUCAGCGCCGAUGGGAUCAGCCAUUCAUUUGAUAGCCGUGCCAACGGAUAUGGCCGUGGGGAAGGCCUCGGCGCUGUCCUAUUAAAGCCUUUAUCCCAGGCAAUGGCCGACGGAGAUGUAAUCCGUGCCAUAGUGCGGGCCACGGGGGCUAACCAAGACGGCCGAACGCCAGGGAUCACCAUGCCGAACGCCGAAGCACAGGCAGAUCUCAUCCAGGCUACAUACCGGCAAGUAGGGCUGUCAAUGCGUGAAACGGCAUAUUUUGAAGCACAUGGAACGGGAACUGCCCUUGGCGAUCCUACAGAAUUAUCGGCCAUUGGCGCCAGCUUUGGACAGGAGCGUAUACCGACUGAUGAACCCGUCUAUGUUGGAUCAGUGAAAAGUAACAUUGGUCACACGGAAGGAGCAGCUGGAGUGGCAAGUCUUAUCAAAGUCGUGCUCUGUCUGGAGAAAGCAACUUUGGUACCAAAUGCAGGCUUUGUGACACUGAAUCCCAAAAUCCAGACGGAGAAAUGGCGACUGCGUCUGAGUGAUAUAACCCAGUCAUGGCCAUCCCAUCUCCCUCAGCGCGCCAGCAUCAACUCCUUUGGAUUCGGUGGUGCCAACGCACACGCCAUCCUUGAAAGCUUGACUCAAUAUUUAGGCACUAUCCCUCAGACGAUACCUCGAUCGCCCACUAGUGUCCCGCAACUGGUUGUGGUGUCGACACACGACAAGGCUGGUUUGGAUCGGACAGCUCAGAAAUGGACGCAUACACUCGAGGCGUCAUCAGAAAAUCCCCCAUUGGUUGACCUGGCGCAUACCAUGGCUACCCGACGCUCAAAGUUCGGGUUUCGCAGUUUCGCAGUUGCCGACUCAAUUUCUGGUCUGCAGGAAGCAAUGGGGCGAGGUUUACCAAACUUCCAACGCGCCCGGCGCGAACAGCAAACUUCGUUGGCAUUCGUCUGUACUGGCCAAGGGGCACAAUGGGCUGGCAUGGGAAUCGAAUUGCUCGCGUUUCCCGUAUUUGCAGCUAGCAUCCAUUACAGCCAAAAGGUAUUAACAGGGUUAGGAUGUCCAUGGGAUUUGGCUGAGGAGAUUCGUGCCCAUGCAAAUACAAGCCGUAUCAACCGCCCUGAUCGCAGUCAACCAGUCUGCUGCGCACUGCAGAUUGCACUGAUUGACUUGCUCACUGACUGGUCAGUCGUUCCAAAAGCAGUAGUGGGCCAUUCUAGCGGCGAAGUUGGAGCUGCGUAUGCGGCCGGAUAUCUUACCCACGAGGAUGCUAUCAAAGUUACCUACUUCCGUGGUGUCUUCUCACAGAGUAUCGUUGAGAACGGGCCCAGUGGAGGCAUGUUAGCAGCAGGCUUACCCGCAGAGACUGCCCGAGAGUAUCUACAUGCCUUAUCUCUGGAGGAUGUAGUUGUUGCCUGCAUUAACAGUCCGUCAAGUGUGACGCUAUCGGGUAAUGAAAAUCAGAUUGAUCAGCUAGCUGAAUACCUUCAGGCCAAGGGGCUUUUCGCGCGAAAGUUGCGUGUUGAUACUGCGUAUCAUUCCCCUUAUAUGCGCGCUUUAGCUGAUGACUAUCGGGAUUCAAUUGCGUCGAUCAAGCCAGUGAAUUUACACCAAGGAAAAAUAGCAAUGUUUUCCUCUGUUACGAAGACGCGUAUUCAACAUCCCGAAGAACUUGGUCCUGAUUACUGGAUACGCAAUCUCGUCAGUCCAGUCGAAUUUGCUACAGCAGUAGGUCAGCUGGCCACUAUGAGUGAGUCUGGUCCUCGACGCCGGCGCCCAGUGGGGGUCCCAUGGGGUGCCAUACUCGAGAUUGGCCCUCAUGAGGCUCUCAAAGGACCGUUCACUCAAACAGUUCAAGAAGUCAAUGCGGGCUUGACUUCCUUACCUUACCUGAGCUUAGUGCAGCGGAAGAAGCAUGCACUGCAUACAUCUCUACAGGUAGCCGGUGUUCUUUGGAGUAUUGGAUGUUCCUUGGAGAUUGACCGGAUUAAUCGGAGCUUGCUAGGCGACUACACGCCACGGUCGAGCCAGGCGCUCCUUCCCUCUUAUGCCUGGAAUCAUCAGUCCAGGUACUGGCAUGAGCCUUAUGAAUCAACUCAGUUACGCCAACGCAACCAGGUUCGCCAUGAUCUGCUUGGUGUCGCAUGUGAUUAUCAGAACAAUAUAGAGCCGCGAUGGCGCAACUUUCUACGCCUCUCAGAGCACCCAUGGCUGGCUGACCAUGUCGUGGCUGGCUCUAUUGUCUUGCCUGCGGCCGGUAUGGUGGCUAUAGUAGCUGAAGCUGCACGUCAAUUGGCUGAUUCUACGAACCUGGCCGGCAUCGAGUUUCAUGACUUGGAAUUUUUCCGAGGCAUGGUUAUUAGUUCCGAGGAAAACGGGCUUGAGAUCCUACUCCAAGUCGCCCCUCAUGCUGUGGCUGGCUGGUACCAAUUCGGCAUCUUUUCUAGGCCGGAGAAUUCGCCUUGGGUUCAACAUGCAAAGGGUAGCUUUACCAUUGAAUACGCGGGAGAGGAAGAGCAAUUGGAGGAGAGCACCACCGCACUGAACUGGGCGCAGAUGGUCCAGCAGGCCCGACAGACUCAAGCCGCGGCAAAUAUGGCAGUGGAUGGUGAGGCAGUUUAUAGCUGGUUGUCUGACACUGGAGGUGUGACUAUGGGUCCAACCUUCCGAACAAUACAGAGGCUUUUCUUUCACCCAACGCAGUCUCGCCUCUACGCCUCGGUGAGCGUGACAGACACCCAAAGUACCAUGCCCAAUGAGCAAGAAUCGCCAUACUUCGUUCAUCCAUCAUCCUUAGAUUCGCUUUUCCAGGCUGCGGUACUCUCCUGUUCUGAGGCACUCUCUAACCAGAAUGCUCAGAUACCCAUUGCGGUAGACCGCCUCUACAUGUCCACCCGCUUUUCACCCUCAACUGGAGAGCAAUUUGCUAUUCAUGUAAACACGCAUUGGGACGAAGGAGGCAACUCUCGAUCAGAGGUUGUUGCGUCCCACCCCACCUGGUCACAGCCUGGUCUCGUGCUGCAGGGCGUUCGACUUGGUCGGGUUCCAAUGCAGUCCCGUUCAUCUGCUGCAGCUGAGAACACUCCUCAGAGCCGGUUCUCGUCAUUGGUGUGGGCCGAGCAUGUAGACUCCUGGGCCGAGCAUUGCGAUGGUACCCUCUCAUCCUGGCUUAAGAGCGUCUGCCAUACCCAUGGCGAUGCACACAUGUUGGUGGUGGCAGCAGAGAGGCGGUUUGAUCAGUUGGUGCCUCUUCUCCAAAAUUUCGUCGCAACUGGCACAUACCGACCCCGGCUGCAGUCCCUGACGGUCAUCUUGAUAGAUGUAAGUCCAGAGGAUUCAGCUGCGCGGGCACAGGGCGUUCAGCAAUUACUGCCAAACUGCCAGGUACUACCCGUACUUACCCUGGCUGAGGUAGGAUCGUCAUUGCCGGACGACGGAGCAUACGACGCCAUCCUGCUGGAUCAUCCCGACCUGUGGAAUGGUAGACAGGAUUUCCCCCUCUUGGAUGAUAUCCACAAGGUCACCCAGCCUGAUAGCUGGAUAGCUGCGGCCACCCCAAUGGGUAUUCGGAAUGAGGUCCUCAAAAAUUUCGAGAGACAUGCCGAUUGGGAGGUACGCGGAAUUGUCACGCAGACAGACGCACUCCUUAUCCACCGUCGAAACAAAUCCUCUUCGAUGCUAGGCCCCAUCCUCUAUGUCUUGGCUCCCGAGUCAGCCAACAUUUGCGAUGCUCUGUUGCAGGAACUUGUGCCUCUAAUCCAGGAGCAGGGCGGACAGGUGGAAAGAGUAAGCCCGUAUGAGGUGUCAAAGUUGAAGGGGAAGCAGGUCAUUUCCCUGAUGGAACUGCACCAACCAUGGACGCUCCACUGGACUCCUGCGGAUAUGGAAUGUAUGCGCGCCCUGGUUCAGGCGAACUACUUGCUCUGGGUGUCGCCAGCACCCUUGGCAACAGACGCUUCCUAUGCGGCGACCGGUGCUACAACCGGUCUUUUACGAACUCUGCGGAAUGAGAAUCCCCACUUGGAACUACCCCAGCUUUUGAUAGAGGAGGAUUUCACGUCAAAUCCUAGCCAACUUGGACGUAGCAUCGCACGUCUUGUACGGCUAACCCGCCAGUCGCGGUCGCGACCUCAGGAUUACGAGUACGUACUGCGCGAUGGCCGCUUGUACAUACCACGCGCUAUUGCAUCCUCCCCAUUGGAUGAAGUGAUGGAGGCAGCUGUGCAUGGCCCAAAGCCUAUACUAGCAGAGCUGACGGAGGAUCACCGGCCAUUGCGUCUACACAGCAAGUCAGCCGAUCUUGAAGGAGCGCAAUGGCAGAUGGACGAUCGACUCGCCACUGCGAUCGCGGAUGAUGAAGUAGAAGUUCAGCUCCAGGCUAUCUCGCUUCCCUCUACGACAGGAAAGACCACUGAGGCUCGCGUUCCAGUAACAGAGGCCCUGGGUACUGUUUUCCAUGUCGGGCAAUCUCUGAUCUCGGUAUUUUCGGUUGGUGAAACGGUGCUGUGUGUAAUACCUGGCCACGCCAUCUCCACUCGGGUUCGUCUGCCCGAGAGCUCUGUCUGGACUUGUCCUCCACAGCAAGGGCCCGCACAAUCUCUCUCCAUGCCAGUUGCUUAUUCUACCGCCUAUACUGGUCUUGCGAACAGCAUGCACCAAUUCGCCAGCUCCGUUCUAAUCGUAGGCUCUGCUGACCAGACGCUCCGCGCCACUGUGCACUGUGCCUUGGCAGCAAGGAUGACGGUGCUCGUUGCCGUGGACAAUGCCGUGGAGGAGCUUCGCGCCCAGUACCCAGUCCUAAAGGACCAGAUUAUGUCCCUCCACCGGUCACUUCCAACGACUAUCGACCGGUUAACUAGCGGUCGAGGUGCUCAGCUUACUAUCUGUAACCUUGGGGGUGCCGUGAGCCGACAAGCAGCGUCUUGUCUAGCAUCUGGAGGUCGCUAUAUUGACCUGAGUGGAGACCUGCAACUCUCCGCUCUACCACAGAAGAUUAUAGAGCAGGGCUGCACUGUCACCCCACUUUCCCUUGCCCGCAUGCUUCGGGAUACUCCCCGCCUGGUACAAGCUAAUUUUCACCGAGCUGUUGAUCUCGUAGCAGGACACAAGACUCUCGUGCAGGUGGCUUCCUAUCCUGUCUUUCCAGUCUCACAGAUGGCCGAGGCUUCCUCUCAUGCGCGGAAUUCUGGCACCCGGGUCAUUCUUGAUCUCCAGGCUCCAGGCCCCGUGGCAGUGGUGCCUUUUCAACCAGAGCCAAUACCACUACCCAGUGAGAACACCUACCUUCUGGUCGGAGGGCUGGGCACAAUCGGCCUCUCUCUAGCCAGCGCUCUGGUGGAUAGCGGGGCCCAUCAUAUUGUGUUUCUGAGUCGCUCUGGAGCUGCACAACCAAGUCAACAAGCAGCUCUGGAAGCACUCCGCGCCCGUGGAACCCGCGCGGAGGUGAUACGCUGCGACGUUGCCUCUCCAGACGAUGUGAAGAACCUCCUAACCCAUGCCACACACCACGACUGGCGCAUCCGCGGCAUCAUUCAAUGCGCUACAGUCCUGAAAGAUGCCAUGUUCGAGCAGAUGGACUGGGACUCCUGGCAACAAUCAACCCGUGCUAAGAUCCAAGGCACGUGGAAUUUGCAUCAGGCGUUCCAAGCCCCACGGGCGCUGGACUUUUUCAUCACUCUCUCCUCGAUCAGCAGCGUGAUUGGCAACAUGGGCCAGGCCAACUAUGCCGCGGGUAAUGCCUUCAUGGAUGCUCUGAUGGAGUGGCGGCACCAGCAUAACCUCGCUGGCUGUAGCAUAAACCUGGGACUGGUCGAAGACGCCAGCGGUGUGACCGAUGUAGCCGAGUCCGCUGAGCAGCGUCGCCAGCGGUAUCGGCAUGUACUGGGGACGGAGAUUUCGCAGGCGGAGGUAAAGGCUCUUGUUCGCUUCCUUGUCCAGGGCCGGAUGCAAUCCCCGCUGCCUGCUCAAAUCAUUGCCGGGUUGGUAGAUGUUCUUCCAAGGGAGGACGGCGCUAGUCCCUGGCAAUUCGACCGCAAGUUCGAUCACCGUGCGCGGAUUGCUAAUCCGGAAGCCGAAACUGCAGCCGGACCAGUCAAGACGAGCCUUCUACUCAAGAAAGCUGAGUCGGUAGACGAGGCGGUAUCGCUCGUUAGCCAGGCUUUACAGGGCUAUUUAGCUCGGGCUAUGGGUGCUAAUACUGAUUCAGUGGAUCUCGAUUUGCCGUUGUCUGCCUUAGGAGUGGAUUCGCUGAAAGCUACGGAGAUGCAGACCUGGGUCAGUCGAGAACUGGGGGCCGCGUUAUCUUCCUUCGAGCUCCUCAGCUCCCAGCCAGUGAGGAUACUGGCUGAGAAGAUAACGGCAGGGAGCUCUUUUGUGGCCGUAAAACCAUAG